GCAGGUGGGUGAUGAGCAUUAUCCAGGUAGCAGGGAAGCUAACAACAACUCACCUCAGGCUGGGAUUCACCUGCAACACCUCUCACACAUGUGUCCUCUGAAUAACUUUGUGGACCAUAUUCUUUUUAGUUCCCCCGGUCUGGAGUUGACGGUAGUGUGGUGGAGCCGCAGAGCGGACUCCCCUCACCGAGUCCACGAGACCCUCUGCUCAGCCCUGAGUCACACAUGCCAGAUUUCUGGAGGCGAGUGUCUGCGACAGUUUUGGCCAGCAGCAUGUGGUGGAGGUCCUCACAGAGGAGAUGGAGGAGGGCAGGUCAGCUGUAUAUUAUGUGAACAUGUCUCCUUGCUUCCCCUACUCUUUCUCACAUUUUUUCUUCUCCCAGUGAGGAUGUGAGAGGUUGAAGGUGCCAAAUAGGAAAUCCUUGGUUUCAUAGCAUCAGCUAUACUUAUGGUGUGCUAUACAGCUGUAUCACCCGUCAAAUCCAAUUGAUACCCAUCGAGGUGCAGCAUUUAUGCAUUACGUCAUUGAAUAAAAGAUUUCCGAGUAGGAUUAACCUGUUUUUCUUGCUCAGCAACUCCUCCCGAAAUUGAUAUCUUCUCCCUCCUUGUCCCCUGAAGGUGUUUUUAACCCUCCCUUCUAAUUUCUCAAUUUGUACAUCUCCGGUUCUUUUCCUUGCCUCCUGUCCUCGUAUCUCAAUUCCCCCCACCUGAGUUGAGGAGAAGGCGAGAAAGAGACAGAAGGGGAGGAAAGAGUCAAAGUAACAGGCAUUUAAUAAAAUGAGACAUUCUUGUGUCAGAACAGUGUUCAUGAUAGCUUACAGUAUAUAUUAUAGUUCAGUUCACAUUCAUUGUGGCAGAAUAUGAAGAGAAUGUAUGGGUAUACAUAUUUUUUAUAUUCAAUACGCACACUAACAUGUAUAAGAGGUGUGACACACAAAAGAAUUAAGACAGGCAUUUUGGUUUGUAUAUUCUAGCUGUGUGUCGCCUACCUUGUGUCGCAGGUGCUGAAAAGACAUUUGCAAGUUAUACUGCAAGGUACACCUGUACUUCCUCGUUCAUCCUCCUCUAUCCUCUCUCUUUGAGAUGCAUUUUUGGAAUUAAGAUAUCUUUUGUGAUGGUGUGCCAAGAUUGAUUUCCAGGCCACAGGCAUGGGAUGGAGGACAGAGGAGACAAGGAGGUUCAAAAUAUUGAAAUGACAUGAGAAGAGAGGACCGAGGAAGCAUUCACUGGCAUAGUAAAAGCUCCCUGUGCCUUAUCCUCUGACUUUAUCACCUUCAGUCUUUCAACACUAUGCCACAAGAAAUCUCUGUGUUAGCUAUGCUUAUUUGCUUCUUUGUUUUCAGUUUGGAGUUGCUGGGACAGCCGGAGGAAGCUGAAUGGAGAGACACGGUGGAGCUGUACAAGGAGGAGAAAACACUGCUGCGCUACUACCUGUUUGAAGGGCUGCGCUAUGUCUGGCUGGACAGGAAGGGAGCUUUCUGUUGUGUUAGUGUCCUCAAUGAGGACUGGACUUGCAAAGACCUGCAUGGCUGCCAAAAGGGCCUCAGUCCCUUGGAGCAGAGCUUGAGGAGACGCAUGUAUGGAGCCAACAUUAUCGACGUGCCUGUAAAGCCUUACACUAAGCUGCUGUUUGAGGAGAUCCUCAACCCGUUCUACAUGUUCCAAGUGUUCAGCAUCACCCUGUGGAUGAUUGAUGCUUAUUAUUAUUAUGCCUUAUGUAUAUUUAUUAUUUCUGUUAUCUCCAUCACUAUCUCACUGUAUGAGACCCGCAAGCAAAGCGUCACUCUACGCAACAUGGCCCAGUUGGUCACAAAUGUUACAAUACGAAGAAACUCAGGAGCGGAGGAAUGUGUGAGUUCAGUGGACCUGGUCCCUGGCGACUGUGUGAUCAUCCCUCAGGAAGGUCUGCUGCUGCCCUGUGAUGCUGCCCUGCUGGCUGGGGAGUGUCUUGUCAAUGAGAGCAUGCUCACAGGUGAAAGUGUUCCAGUACUAAAAACCCCACUGCCAGCUGGUGAAGGGAAGUACAGCUCAGACACUGAGCGCAGACACACCCUUUUCUGUGGUACUCAACUCAUUCAGGCCAAAGGGGGAAUGCCAGGAUGUGGCGGUGCUGUGGCUGUGGUCACAAACACUGGGUUUUUUACAGCCAAAGGAAAUCUGGUCAGCUCCAUUUUGUACCCUCAGCCAAUCAACUUCCGCUUUUACCAAGAUGCUGUCAAGUUCCUGCUCAUUCUGGGUUGUGUUGCUCUCAUUGGCACCAUUUACAUUUUUGUGACCCUCAUCAGAACCAAUGUAACCUGGCUGGAGUUGAUUAUUCGAAGUCUGGAUAUUGUGACUAUUGCAGUGCCUCCUGCAUUGCCUGCUGCCAUCACCACUGGCACUAUCUACGCCCAGCGCCGGUUGAAGAGCCAGGGUAUCUUCUGCAUCAGUCCACCUCGCAUUAACAUUUGUGGCAAGUUGUCAGUCUUCUGCUUUGACAAGACAGGAACCCUGACUGAGGAGGGUCUGGAUGUGUGGGGAGUGAUGGAGGGGGGAACUGAUGGUUUCUCAGAGUUGGUCCCAGAGCCCAGACGCUUGCUGCCAGGGUCCAUGCUCUCUGGCCUGGCCUGCUGUCACACUGUUACACUGCUACGAGGAGAGCCCCUCGGAGACCCUUUGGAGCUCAAGAUGUUCGAGUCCACUGGUUGGACCCUCCAGGAACCAGAGGGAGAUGGGAAUGUGCUGGAUGCAGAGUUUGGAGGCCACAAAGUCUUGGCUGUUAUGAGACCUCCUACAAGAAUUUCCACAAGGGAGGCAGUGGCCAUUGUUCAGAGGUUUCCAUUCUCAUCAGCCCUGCAGAGGAUGAGUGUAGUGACGGUGGCUCAUGGAGGAAGCUCAGCUCUCGCUUUCAUGAAAGGGUCCCCAGAGAUGGUGGCUAGUCUCUGUCGAGUUGAAACAGUGCCAGCGCAGUUCUCCACAAAAUUGCGUAUCUUCUCCAGUGAGGGCCUCAGGGUUCUUGCGUUGGCCUAUAAACCAGUAGAUGUGAACUCUGACUUGAGGACUAUUGAACGAGGGGAAGUAGAGAGAGACAUGCAGUUCCUUGGCUUGCUGAUGAUGAAGAACCUGGUAAAGCCUGAGAGUGCAAAAGUUAUUAACAUCCUGAGACUGGCACACAUUCGCACUGUUAUGGUCACUGGGGACAAUGUUUUAACAGCAGUUAAUGUAGCAAAGAGCUGUGGGAUGGUGGGAUCUGAUGAGAAGGUGAUAUUUGUCACUGCAACCCCCCACACUGCCCAGUCUAUGCCCUCCCUGAGGUUCAGCCUGGAAGACGGAGGAACCACUGCUACCCAAAGCUCCAUAGAGGUCAUCACUCGGGGUCUGUAUCAGGGUGGCUUUGGCUAUCACUUGGCUAUUAAUGGAAAGUCCUUUGCUGCCCUCUGUGAUUACUUUCCUGAGUAUCUUCCAAAGGUUUUAAUGCGAGCCACCAUUUUUGCUCGCAUGGCACCUGACCAGAAAACCCAGCUAGUGAAAGAGCUGCAGAAACUGAACUACCGAGUGGGCAUGUGUGGAGACGGGGCCAAUGACUGUGGGGCCCUGAGAGCUUCUGAUGUUGGAGUUUCACUGUCUGAAGCUGAGGCUUCGGUCGCCUCACCUUUCACUUCCAAGACUGAAAACAUCAGCUGUGUGCCGCUGCUUAUCAGAGAGGGCCGAUGUUCUCUGGUCACUUCCUUCAGUCUCUUUAGAUACAUGGCAAUGUACAGCCUCAUUCAGUACUGCUCUGUCCUCAUUCUCUACACACUGAAGACCAGCGUGGCUGACCUGCAGUACCUAUUUUGUGACUUGCUACUGGUGACAGUGCUGGCCAUCGUAAUGGGAAAAGGGGCCCCUAGUGAGGAGCUGCACCCCUGCAGACCCCCAGCCAGUCUGCUGGCCCUGCCUGUCCUAGGCAGUCUCUUCAUCCACACCUGCAUGACCAUCCUUGGCCAGCUGGCUGCACUCUUUAUCACAACCUCACAGGACUGGUAUAUUCCACUAAAUUCAACAGUGUAUGGAACACACAAUCUACCUAACAUGGAGAACACCAGUGUGUUUGACUUGUCAGGUUUCCAGUACAUCAUCAUGGCUGUGGUGGUCACCAAGGGCUACCCCCACAAGAAACCUCUCUACCACAAUCUCGUUUUCCUCUUCGUGCUCUUCAUCCACUUUGCCCUGAUGACUUGGCUGGUGUUGUAUCCUGGACCUUUCUUUAGCCGAAUACUUCAACUGUACAACAUCACUGAUACGGAUUUUAAAAUGCUGCUCGUUGGUGUAGCUGCUCUCAAUUUCCUCAUUUGUUUUGUUGUUGAGGUGCUGAUAGACUUGGGUUUUUUGAACUGCCUUCGAUUGCUGCGUGGAAAGCGUCCAUCCAAGAAACUGUAUAAACGCUUGAACAUCCUUCUGUCUGACUCCACAUCAUGGCCGCCCCUUAAUCAAACCCUGUCCCCAACAUCCCACACAGUCGUCUGCUUGAGCUAGCAUUCACCCGGCCCUGUCAGUCACCUGAGCUCAACAAUGCUGCGGAUGUACUACGAAGUGAGGUUAGUGGGUUAGCGACGUAUGCCGAGCUUAGAGUCAAGAGUUUUCAGUGUCGCGAUGUUGGCUCUCUUUGAACCUGAUAGCUCACGAUGAUAACUGAUGCUGCACAGCUAACCUGCUCUGGAGGAGGUUCAAGCUCAGAGUUUGGGAUAUAAAUUGGCUCUAAGAAGUGUCACCCUUUCACCUGUUAUUUUCAUGACCAUUUUCUCUCUGAGCAAUAUACUUAGCUGAUGAAAUACAGCAUAUCAGCAAAUCUGUGAAGCGUUGCAUUAGCAAUGCCACUGAACUAAACUGCGUAGUUACAGUGGGCAAACUGUAUGCAUUGCAACCUGUUCCUGUUGACUUAAGCAGCAUGCCAUCAGUCCAUCCCUCUUAUAUGGGAGCCUGCAGAGGAAACCAUGGGUUAACAAAGAAAGAUGAUAACCACUGUCAUGACACGUUAUCUCUGAUUGGGGUUUUAGAUUUUGUUGAGGCAGCAAACUUAAAGAAAGCCUAGCUAUGACAAACUUGCUUUGUAGUACAUCCCUACAAGUUACAUCUUCAACUUGACCAGCAAUGCAAAGUUACGUUUACUUUAAUAAAAAAUAUUUUUAUGUAAACCA